UAAAGACGUCUCUGUGACGUCAUAUCCAUGCGGCAUCUUUGUCAGUGAACAAAAUGGCGACGUACAUCCUGACCGCUGGCAGGCUACAGCAAGCCCUGAACCAUGGGGUCCGGAGGUAUCACCUCUCCGCCGUGUGUCGGCGAGCCAAAAUAGCCAUGAGUCGCUUCGAGCCCAACGAGUACGUCAAUUAUGAGUUGCUGCGGAAAAAUGUUGACAUCGUUCACAAAAGGUUGGACAAGCCCUUGACACUUUCAGAGAAGAUUGUUUAUGGUCACCUUGAGGAUCCUGUUAACCAAGCGAUAGGCCGCGGGAAAACCUACCUGCGCCUCCGUCCUGAUCGGGUGGCGAUGCAAGAUGCCACUGCCCAGAUGGCCAUGCUUCAGUUUAUCAGCAGUGGGUUGCCCCAGGUAGCAGUGCCAUCUACAAUCCACUGUGACCACUUAAUUGAGGCUCAAGUCGGCGGAGAAAAGGAUCUGGCAAGAGCCAAGGAUCUGAAUGAAGAAGUUUAUAAUUUCUUGGCAACGGCAGCUGCGAAGUAUGGGGUCGGCUUUUGGAAACCUGGUUCUGGCAUCAUCCAUCAGAUCAUUUUGGAGAACUAUGCUUAUCCUGGUGUGCUGCUGAUUGGAACGGACUCCCAUACUCCAAAUGGUGGUGGUCUGGGUGGCAUCUGUAUAGGAGUUGGAGGAGCAGAUGCAGUCGAUGUGAUGGCUGGAAUUCCAUGGGAACUAAAGUGUCCAAAGGUUAUCGGAGUGAAGCUCACAGGACAGUUGUCAGGUUGGACGUCACCCAAGGAUGUUAUCUUGAAAGUGGCAGGCAUUCUGACGGUUAAAGGGGGCACUGGCGCAAUAGUGGAAUACCAUGGGCCAGGUGUGGAGUCCAUAUCAUGCACAGGCAUGGCUACAAUCUGCAACAUGGGCGCCGAGAUUGGAGCAACCACUUCAGUUUUCCCAUACAACCAUAGGAUGAAGAAAUACAUGGAAAAGACUGGCAGAGCAGAGAUUGCUGCCAUUGCUGAUGAAUUCCAGGACCUGCUAGUUCCUGAUGAGGGCUGUCAGUAUGAUCAACUCAUUGAAAUUAACCUGAAUGAGCUUAAACCACAUAUUAAUGGUCCGUUCACCCCUGACCUUGCACACCCAGUGUCAGAGAUUGGAGCAGCCGCUGAGAAAAAUGGUUGGCCUCUUGAUAUUCGAGUAGGCCUGAUCGGCAGCUGCACCAACAGCAGUUACGAGGAUAUGGGCCGGUCAGCUGCUGUGGCUCAACAGGCGAUCGACCACGGGCUGAAAUGCCAGUCCCAGUUUACUGUAACACCAGGCUCCGAGCAGAUUCGUGCGACCAUCGAGAGGGACGGAUACGCUCAAGUUCUGAGGGAUGUCGGUGGGAUUGUUCUCGCUAAUGCAUGUGGGCCCUGCAUUGGACAGUGGGACAGGCGGGAUGUUAAGAAAGGUGAGAAGAACACAAUUGUGACCUCCUACAACAGGAACUUCACUGGGCGCAAUGAUGCCAACCCUGCUACCCAUGCCUUUGUCACAUCACCUGAGAUCGUUACAGCCCUAUCCAUUGCUGGCACCUUGAAAUUUGACCCAGAGCGUGACUCCCUGGUUGGAGCUGACGGGAAGGAGUUUAAAUUGAAGGCACCGAACGCCGAUGAGCUGCCCACCAAGGACUUUGAUCCAGGCCAGGAUACGUAUCAGCACCCACCAAAAGACCUCAAGGGCAUUGAAGUGAACGUCAGCCCGAAGAGCCAGCGGCUGCAGCUGUUGACACCAUUUGAUCAGUGGAACAAGAAAGACUUGGUGGACAUGCGCAUAUUGAUUAAGGUGAAAGGGAAAUGCACCACUGAUCACAUAUCUGCUGCUGGGCCUUGGCUGAAGUUCCGUGGCCACCUCGAUAAUAUUUCCAAUAACCUGCUAAUCGGAGCGAUUAACAUCGAGAAUAACAAAGCAAAUGAGGUUAAAAACCACCUCAACAACAAAUACGGACCCGUGCCUGACACAGCACGUGCUUACAAGGAACAAGGUAUUAACUGGGUGGUGAUUGGUGAUGAGAAUUACGGUGAGGGUUCCAGCCGUGAGCACGCAGCCCUCGAACCUCGGCACCUGGGAGGUCGCGCCAUCAUCGUCAAAAGCUUUGCUCGAAUCCACGAAACCAAUCUGAAGAAACAAGGUCUGCUGCCCCUGACCUUCUCCAAUCCCAGCGAUUAUGACAAGGUGCAACCAGAUGAUAAAGUCUCUAUCAUUGGGCUGAAUGAAUUUGCACCUGGAAAGCCUCUCACUUGCACCCUUAAGCACAAGGAUGGCAGCCAGGAUACGAUUCUGCUCAACCACAGCUUCAACGAGGGACAGAUUGAAUGGUUCCAAGCCGGCAGUGCUCUCAACAGAAUGAAGCAACUGCAAAAAUGAGGCGACCGGCCGCAGCGAGGGAAACAGACUGUGUCCAGCACAAUUGUACGAAUGGAGCCCUCCUGCUGCCUCACCUCGUCCUCCGAUAACCGUUACUGUGACGUCCAGUAGUGUGCCCACUCCCUUCCGACAAUCAACAUUUGGCCUGCGCUUGCAAUUCGAUUUAAAAAAUAUAUAAUCUGUUCAUUGUCUCCUACCUCGGCGUGGUGAAUGGAGCCCAAUCUCCGUCGGCCUGUUGGAAGAAAUGUAUUUUUUAUUUCUGUAAAUUUUGUUUUGUUAUCCCCGCCACCCAGUGGAACCAAACCAACCGGAUUUGGUUUAUUUCGGUCUGUGACAUUUCCGUGAUGAUUCAUUUCAAUCUGAUCUGACAAGGUGCCACGAAUGAAGUCAUCUGGUUUUUUUGGGGAAAAUAGCAAGAACAAUGUCCCAAUAAAAUCCAAAAGCUGAAACCUUU